AUGUCACAUCCUAGCAGCGAAGAGGGUACCACCCCGGGUGGAAGCUCCUUGGCCGUCCCUGCGAACGCACCAACAUCUUCUGCUGGUCUCACACCCACCUCUGCCAUGUCCACAUCUUCCCACAACUCCGCACGCUCAAAUGCCUCUUCGAAAUCGCGUGUGCCGACGCUGAGCGAGCUCGCCGCGCAGUAAGUAGCGACAGCGCUGGUUUCUUUUUGCUGGUAUUGCUCUUCAAACUGACGUUUGGGGUCCGUACACUGAUCUCGCCCAGCAUGAAGCUAGAUGCGCCCACAAGCGGCACAAGUAGCGCAUACUCUACCAAUGAUGGUGCGUCACGCGUCGCCUGGUUUAUGUUCUUUUCAGUUGCUGAUUUCUCGCACUCUCAUUCUCACACGUCAGCCGCGCCGGCGCGAGGUCGUCUUGGCCUGACCGGACGACUCAACAGCUCUUCGGCUGCUCUUGCACCUGGUGACGAUGUUCAGGACGUCCAUUCUGCAGAUGAAGGAAGCAACGAGAGAGUGCCAGCCAUGCUGGCACAUGGGGAGCCUCCAAGCAGUUCAAGUAGAUCGAGCUCGCCUACUAAGCGCCCGGCGACAGUCCGCCCUUCCGGCAGCGGGGGUAGCGCCAGAGGUUUGCCAAGCCUACAAGAGAUUAGAGAGAGAAUGAGCAAAAAGGGUCUGCAGACAGCCGGCGGUGCAGCUAGGGGAGAGACUCCGUCCGGCUCACCAACCGAAGAAGUGAGCGAGGAGACCGCGCUGGGGGUUGAUGGUCCAGCAGCAGGCGCAUCGAAGCCUGCGAAGGCGGCUGCUGUUGGAAGUGACAGCGUUUCAAAGUCAGCAGAAGCGAAAGCGAGCAGUGUCGCGGAAGACACAAAAGAUUUGAGCAAGGCAAAGGCGGAACCAUCUUCGACAAAGCCAGAGACUGAAGCGGCGAAAGCGGCGUCGAGCAAAGCAGCUCCAAAGGACCAUCCUCUGCAGCACAAAUGGUGAGUCCGGGAAAUGUGUACAAGCGAGGAAAGGCGUGCUCAGUCCCGCAGAACUGCGUCAGUCCUCUCUCUCGCCUGGUGGACCAUUGCUGACCACCGAGCCACACGUUCUGCAGGACCCUGUACUUCGACUCCAAGACCUUCAACCCAUCUUCACAAGCUAGCACGCUUGCUACAGGUCACACUGCGGACGGCCCUGGCACGCCGGGUGCAGCGCUACCUGGAGCCUCGGAGAAUCCGAUCUCGCCAUUACCGCCCACGCCAAAUACGGCCAACAUCCAGAGUUGGGAAGACACACUGAAGAUGCUCGGUGUCUACAAGACUGUGGAGGGCUUCAUGAACGUGUUUGCAACCCUCAGGCGACCCUCGCAGCUCGAGCGCAACUGCAACUAUCAUCUCUUCAAGAGCGGCAUCAAACCGAUGUGGGAAGAUCCAGCUAAUGCCUCAGGUGGCAAGUGGGUGCUGACGCUGCGUGGGACUAGCGGCGCGUUGCUUGAUCGUAGCUGGAUGUGGCUCGUCUUGGCGCUCAUAGGAGAAGAGCUAGAUGACGCCAAUCACAUCACGGGUGCUGUGGUUUCCACGCGGAGCAAAGGCGAUCGUAUUACCCUUUGGAUUCGUAACAAAGAUGAUGUCGAUCUCGUUAACAGGCUGGGCAAGAAGCUGGUGCACUUGCUUGACAUCGAGCACGAGCCAGGCGUGUCUCUAGAAUUCACGUUGAAUUCGGGCCCUGGACCUGCCAAUGCAGCUGCUCAAGCUAAUCGCUACGUCCACUUCUCGAACGCACCACCUCCGCCAAUGCCUGCAUUCUCACCAGCGGGAAAUUCUGCUGGGCCCGGAGGCUAUAAUAGAGGUCCUCCGCCGCCUGGCCAUGGGCCUCCUGGUCCUGGCCCACAGCAAGGGCCGCCAGGCAGUUAUGCACCCCCGCGAAAUGUGCCUUUUGGCGCUCCGCCACCGCCAGGUGGGCCCGGCUCUGCACAGUAUCUUUCCGGUGGCCCCCCUGCAGGCUCACCACCUUUAGGACACCCAGGCCCAGCUCUAGGUGGCAAUGCGGGAUUUGUGUUGCCGAGAAGAGGAUCAGAAACUGGCCACAUCGGACACGGCCCCGGUAACGUCGCGUCGGCAGCAAACGGUGGCGGCGGAAGCCCAAAGAAAGCGUUCGCCUCGCUGCAGCGGCACGGCGCUCCACACUCGAUGCAAGGUCCGUCUGGUGGAGUGACGAACAUUCCUGGUGGGGGUGCUGGUCUAGGACUGGGAUUGGGCGGACCGAUCGGCCGGACGCCGAGUCCUUCUCCAGCUGCCGGAGGUGCUCUCGGCACCAGUCCCAGCAACCGUACGGGCGUCUUGCACGGCAGACAACCACCUACGAUGGGGCAGCUAGGCAGCGGUGCAGGCAUUGGCCGCCAUGCUGGUCCGGCGCGCGGUGCUUGA